AUGGCUUCAGCUCCUCCUCCAAGCGAGAAAUCGCGCUCGCCCUCUGUUUCUUCUCUUUCGGACGAGUCUACCAAUAAGAGAUCGACGGAUGUCCGAGUCGAUGUCAAGUCUGUCCAAGACGACUUGGUCGACGCCGAGCCUGAACCAUUCAAGUUGUAUACCUGGCUCUUCAGGCGCCACCUCUACAAGCCUACGGAUCUCGAUUCGGUCGCCACGCGCCGCUCGGUGUACGACGAUCCCAACCUCGCCCCGCAUUAUUGGCCCAAGCCUGAAUACGAGAACAUUCAUCGGUUUGAUGUCAAGGCGCGUUGGACUGUCAGGGAAGAACGGGCUUUGGUGCGGACGGUCGACUGGAAGGUUAUGCUCUGGGCGGCCAUAAGCUUCUCGGUGCUUAAUUUGGAUCGGAACAACCUCAGCCAGGCGAACACGGAUAACUUCUUGCCUGACCUCAAUAUGACUACGAACGACUUCAAUCUGGGAAACACGGUCUUCCGUUUGGCCUUCCUAUCCGCUGAGUUACCGUCGCAGCUAGUUUCGAAGCGCCUCGGCCCCGACCGUUGGAUCCCUAUCCAAAUGGUUGGCUGGUCUAUCGUUACCUUCGCGCAAUUUUUCCUUACCGGAAGGACUAGUUUCCUGGUCUGUCGUGCUCUCCUUGGAUUUAUGCAGGGAGGUUUCAUUCCGGACCUCAUCCUAUACCUCUCCUACUUUUACACGAAAUACGAACUUCCUUUCCGCUUGGCUAUUUUCUGGAUGUCGAUGAACGUCUGUAACAUUUUCGGAAGUUUCCUAGCCGUUGGGGUUCUUCGUAUGCGAGGACUUCAUGGUAAGUCUGGGUGGAGGUGGCUAUUCCUAGUCGAAGGUUGUAUCACUCUGGUCAUCGGCAUUGCGACGUUCUUCAGGAUGCCACCUUCGCCGACCCAAACGAAGACUUGGUAUCGCCCCAAAGGCUGGUUUACGGAGCGUGAAGAAGUCAUCGCGACGUCCAGGAUUCUUCGUGACGAUCCUACCAAGGGCGACAUGCACAAUCGAGAGGCUCUAACUCUCAAGCGGCUUUGGCAAGCUCUCAUGGACUUCGACCUUUGGCCGUUAUAUGCAAUCGGCCUGCUCUUCGGGAUUCCCACCAGCCCUCCGUCGACAUACCUGACACUAUCUCUUCGUAAUUUGGGCUUCAGCACCGUCCAAACGAACUUGUUGAUCAUCCCUUCCAUCGUUGGCAACAUCCUGAACAUGUUCAUUGUCACCAUUCUCUCCGAGGCCAUUAAUGAGCGCGCCUUCGUCUCAAUGUCGGAGAACGUCUGGGCACUGCCCUUCCUCAUCGCUCUGCGUACACUUCCGGAAAAAGUCAACUCGUGGCUCUACUACGGCUUAUCGUCCGGUUUGCUCAUGUUCCCGUACACUCAUCCGAUCCAAGUUGGCUGGUGCUCUCGGAACGCUGGCGCUGUCGCCAGUCGCACUGUGAAUGCUUCUCUCUAUAACAUGUUUGUCCAGGCAUCCUCCAUCAUUUCCGCGAACAUCUACCGGAAGGACGACGCUCCGCGAUAUCUUCGAGGAAACAGCCAUUUGAUCGGUAUCGCGGUCUUCAACAUCUUGGUGUUAUAUCCCGGGACCAAAUCGUACUACAUCUGGCGGAACAAGCAGAGAACCAAGAAAUGGGAUGCUAUGACUUCUGAGGAAAAGAGCGAAUAUCUCGCAACUACGAAGGACUCUGGAAACAGGCGUCUGGACUUCAGAUUUGCCCACUAA